CCCGGGGCUGCUCACAUCAACACAGGAAGUGCUACACUGUCACUUCUUGCACUGCAGCAGUCCUACACACACACAUAAACACACACACACACACACACACACACAGCGUGUCCGAGAAGGAGGAAGGUUAUUCAGAACUCUCUAGGAAAUAAAAUUAUUAUCUACAUCCUGACAAACGGACAACAUGCUGAAACACAAACUGAGUUUUAAGUGGUUUGGGAGUCUGAGUAACCUUUCUUUUAGACGCAAGUCGGACACAGCGAAAGAAGCUUCCCACAAGUAUGAGGAGACGUCCAUCGACGAUGAGGACAUGCGCCCGAACUACGCAUGCUCCAGUGAGAUGUAUACCCACAUGGGUACCAUGCCUCGCCAUCAGAAAAAGAAAGACAAGAGCAUCAAGGGUAAAGGUCAGGAUCCGAAGAGUUCUAAAAGUAAAACCAAGACCAAGAACACCGCCUUGGGUCGGAGUCAGAGCAUGAAAUGUUCAGACCAUGUGAUCGAGUCGCCUCUCCUCAGCGCUCUCAACAGCAAAGCAUUCACCAGCAUGAAGGAAAACAACAAGCUCACACAGGAACACCAGAAAGCUGAGUCCAGGACAGAUCCUGAAGCUGUGAGCACAGAGAAGAUCCAUAAAGAACCAGAAAACACACCUUCAAAACCACCUCCAGAUGCUGUCCAGGAGAAACCAGUGCUGCCCAGGAAAGCCAGUCUGCCUGUAAAGAUCUCUGUGGACCUGAUGGAGGAGAACACUUCCAAAAUCACUGGGCAUCAUGAAGAAGAAAGAAAAACAAGUCCAGAUCCUGAAAGUCAAAAUGAAAACACAGACAGUCGAGGAGAGUAUGUAGAGUUCUCCAAGGAGAAGUACCUGUUGGAGUCUCCCCCGGAGAAGUUGAGGAAGGAGCUGGAGGAGGAACUGAAACUCAGCAGCAGCGACCUGAGGAGCCAUGGCUGGUACCAUGGCCGCAUCCCACAGGAGGUGUCAGAGACGCUGGUUCUGCGCAGCGGUGACUUUCUGGUGCGAGACUCCAUGUCCAACAUGGGUGACUACAUGAUCACGUGUCGCUGGCAGCAGGAGGUGGUGCACUGCUGCAUCAGUAAGGUUCUGGUGAAGAGCGGACAGACCAAGGUACAGUUCCUGCUGGAGGAUGAGACCUUUGACUCGCUGCCCACUCUGAUCCGACACCACGCUGGUACCGGCCGGCCCGUGUGCCCGCGCUCCGGCGCUCAGCUGAUCUGCCCCGUCAACCGCACUCUGCCCCUCAGGUACCUGGAGGCCACGUUCGCCCUAGCCAGUGGGAGAACAGGGGCACCUUCACCGUCCACUCAGCGGGGGGCUCACAUCAAGAGACGCAGCGUCACCAUGACGGACGGCCUGACCACAGAGAAGAUCAUCCCACACAGUCCAUCUACAGUUCACCAUAAAGACGCUAUGAGGAACUGUGCACUCAGUAUGGAUCGGAUCCAGGAGAUGCGAUGUCCCCUGUCCCCUGUAGGAGAAGCUCCACUCUCACCUGCCUACACCUCAAUUUCCCGUCACAGACAUGGAUCAGGUGGUCGUGUCUUAGCUGUAAUUCCACCUUCGCCGGUGAUGCGACGAUCCAGCGAGCCCCACCUCUCCCCCUCCUCCUCCAAUAACAAUGUCUCAUGCACAGACACACCUGCUAGCGCUCACGGCUACCCCUCAGACGGCUCGGAAGGAGGGGGCAGUUACUGUGAGCUGAGGCCAGGGCAGCCCCCGACGCCUCCGUCUAAGAGCUACGUGGAGAGGCUGAGGGUGGAGGAGGGACGAGCGCCAGGCUCCGCCCCCACCAAUGAAGGAGAGAGCUCCAGCCUGCCUCUGGUGGAGAGCAGUUCAUGCUUUAGACCCGGACAGUACCAAUCAGCCCUGCUUCCUGUAGAGAAUAAGCCCCUGGAGAUGGGGGUCCUGAAGAGGGUGAAGGAGCUGCUGGCUGAAGUGGACCCUAAAACAGCAGCCAAUCACAUCACCAAGGCCGACUGCACGGUUGCUAGGAUACUGGGCGUUACCAAGGAGAUGCAAAGGAUUAUGGGAGUGGGUUCAGGACUGGAGUUGCUGACUCUACCACAUGGCCAUCAGCUGAGACUGGACCUGCUCGAGAGGUUCUACACUAUGUCCAUCAUGAUGGCUGUGGACCUGCUGGGCUGUACGGGCAGCACGGAGGAACGAGCUGCUCUGCUCUACAAGACCAUCCAGCUGGCAGCCGAGCUCAAGAGCACCAUGGGAAAUAUGUUCGGAUUCGCUGCCAUCAUGAGAGCUCUUGAACUCCCGCAGAUCUCACGCUUGGACCAGACAUGGAUGACAUUGAGGCAGAGACACACGGAGGGAGCCAUCUUAUACGAGAAGAAGCUCAAACCCUUCAUGAAGAACUUAAAUGAAGGCAAAGAGAGCUCCGCGCUGUCCAAUACGACCUUCCCACACGUCGUGCCCGUGUUGUGCCUGUUAGAGAAGGGCGUGGCCGUGGGGGAGGUGUCGGACCCGUGGGAUACUUCAGAAUGGGGCGUGGACGUGGUCAUGAGCCAUCUAGAGGCAGCACGUAGUAUUGCUCACCACGGAGGCCUGUACCGCACCAACACCGAGAGCAAACUACACGACUUCCAGGAGAGAGAGGAAGUAUCUGAGAUGUUCUGUACAGAAUUCCAGAUGAGGCUGCUGUGGGGAAGCCGCGGGUCUGAGGGGACUCAGAACGAACGCUAUGAAAAGUUUGAUAAAGUCCUCACGGCUCUUUCACACAAGCUGGAGCCUCCUGUACGCCACAGCGAGCUUUAGCAUCACUCACACCUCCGCAUGGCACAGUGGAACUGUCCGAUUCCCUCUUCUGGGAGAGACCAUUACACAGACAGUGGGGAGCAGAGGAGGGAAUGGAAAAGGCAACAAAUCAAUAAUAAUGAGAAUAAGGCACAAAGGGGGGCGGGGCUUAUCCAGACGGGACGACGCCUCGUAUCGUGCGGAACGCAGAACGGGGGUUGAGUUUGAUACCCUGAAACCAAAAUCCCUUUUCUGACUCGGGUGAUGUGAGAGAAACGUCUCUCGGUCUGCAUGAUCAUCACUCCAUCAUCCCGACGCUCAGAGCGACGCCGCACUCCUUCACGCCGCUAACGUCUUCACAUGUUGCCAAAAUCUCAACAUCCACUUUUUUCAUUUUUAUACAUUUUUAUGAUUGUUUUUGAUAUCAUCAGCGUUCAGUUUGUUUUCUGAAUACAAGGAGCAAUAUGUGGCAACGACACACACUUACUGUAGAGAAUGCUGUGGAGAUGGUGGAGAUCAGGAUGAAGAACCUCACCCUGGACCUCACCCUGGUUCCUGUUGGUGAUCUGUUGAAGAACGCAUCCCUGUUCCUGAUGGCGAAUGUGACAAAGAACCUGGAUGUAGAUCCUGUAUUUUGUUGCAGAAAUUAUUCUGGUUCUAGUUAAAGAGUUAAGGAGAUCUGAUGAAGACCUCAUCUUCAGUACUUCAUCCUGGUUACUGCUGACAAUCUCACAACAGGUCCUGUUGUUUUACAGUGCUCACUCUGGAAAAUCUCUUCUCACAGCCUAGGUUCUCUCACUCAAUUUCUCACUCUAGUUUCUGUAGAAGAACUCACUUCAUUUCUAGUUGUUCACACCACAUAUCUUCGUCUUCGUCUUCUGUUAAGGUUAUUGUGAGGACAUCAUCCCAGUUCCUGAUGGAGAUCACUCAAAGUGGUCUAUGUUGAAGAUCUGUUAAAAAAAAAAGAUCUCACCCUCCUUCUUCUUAAAGAUCACACAGGAUCUUUACCCUGGUCAAUGUUUAAGCUUCAUCCCAGAUACCUUUUACAGAUUUCACCCUGGAACUAGUUAAAGGUCUUCUCUGAUCUCCUGUAUGGACUCCUCAUGAACACUGACACAGACGUGCUGCAUGUUGCUCCUUUUCUCCUCUCACGGCCUUAGAGCGAGUGAAGCCUGGAGAGAAACUGUGAAGAUUGUAAACCUGGUGUGUGUCAUUUUCUCCAUUUUAGUGUGUGUGUGUGUGUGUGUGUGUGUGUGUGGAGGAGGCCUUCAGGAUAAAGUCCAGUGUAAUAACUGGAUUGUGUGAAUUUUCUUUCUGUUCCAGUUUAAAACAUUUUACAUAAUAAUUUAAUUUAUGUUUAUCAGUUGAGAAUUUUCUCAGCGCAUGUGCAGAACUGGAGCCCUGAAAAAAAAACAUUAAGCAAAAAAAUAAUAAUAAUUAAAAAAACAAAAAAAAAAAAUAGUAACGGUCUGCUAAAGAACCGCUGUUCGCUCUCUAUAUUUUAAUUUAUUCACCUUUAAAGCCACACCAACUCUUCAGGUUAAUCAGAUAUACCUCUUCAUCUUACUCUCUUUCUUCCUCCUCUUAUUAUUAUUGUUUUUUUUUCCUGACCUGAUAAUAAAUACAGACGCAUUUGAUUUUUAUUUCACGAAUUCUUGACUUCUUAGGAGCUUCAAGAUCAACACUAUUAGUCAUCUGUUUUUCCAACAUUAUUAAAAAUACAAACACAUUGUAGAGGCUCUAUUUCAGGUAAUUUAUAUACACAUAUAAAGACAAACUUAAAAAAAAAAAAAAAAAGCAAUUCACGGUGGAGGAUUGAGGAACUCUGUGUGCAAUCCCACUCCCGGCCACAAGAGGGCUCUGUACAGCAAGCAAAUAAAUGACGAACGAUUUCUUUGCAUGACAAUUUGCACCAACAUUAAUUUAAAAAAAAAAUAUAAUAAAGCUUUAAUUAAUAAAUAAAAAAAUACACAUUAAAUUCUUGCUACAGUAGAAAUGACAGUGAAUAAAAAUAACAAUAAUGUUUAAAGAAAAUAAAACAAAUAAUCAACAACAUUAGAAAGUUCUUAUUUCAUAUUUUGACAGUUUUUUUCAUUAUUUUUUGACAAUAUAUUUAAUUUUCAUCAUUUGCUAUCUACAGCUACCCGUUUUUGGAGAUCAGGAAUGGAUUUAAUUGAAUAAACACACGCCUUGUCCUCGUUGGUGCAAAACUCAGAGUCAUUUUUACAGAAUUCUCCUGUUCAGGUUUGUUCAGGUUUCACUGAGAUGGUGUUAAUGUGGGUGUAAAUAAAGGAGGGACACGGAUGUGCUGUACAUAUAAGUAGGAGAUGUUUUUCAAGCUUUUUUCCAGGAAAUAAAAUACAGUAAGUUUG